AUGGCCCCGCUCGUCACCCCUCCCAUCAUAUCCCACCAGGGCUGGGCCAGCCCCGAGAUGCUGGCGGGCCAGGCCUAUGGCAAGGAGGCCGACGUCUUCUCAUUUGGGGUGGUGCUGUGGGAGCUCAUCACACUCAAGCAGCCGUGGAGGAACGAGGCCGAGGGCGGCAGCGUGGUGCCCCUGUACCUCAUAAUCAACGAGGUCACCGCCGGCAACCGCCUCGACAUGCCCGCCGCCGAGGACGUCGCGCCGCCGCUGCCAGAGGUCGCCGCCGUCAUCUCCCUGGCCCGCGAGUGCUGGGACCAGGCGCCCGCGCGGCGGCCGACGAUGGCCGACGUCGCGGGGCGGCUGAGGGGCAUCAUCGGCGGCAUCAAGGGGCGCCGGCGCGAGGCGCAGCAGCGCGCGGCGGCGGCGCGGCUGGGGUCGGCGUCGUCGGGCGCGAGCACGGCGGCGAGCGCGGCCACGAGCAGCGGCGGCCUCGGCGGGGGCGACGGGUGA